AUGACAAACCUAAACAAGCUGAAGGUAGUUGUUAUUGGUAGCUCCAAAGUAGGAAAAUCAGCUGUUACAGUUCGAUACCUCACCAAGCGAUACAUAGGCGAAUACAGCUCAUCGAGGGAUUUUUUAUACCGGCAUAGUGUUAUAUACGAUAACGCAUCAACUGAAGUCGAGAUUCUGGACACAUCUAAGUGUGAUAAAAGAGGAUGUCUGUACGAACACCUUCGUUGGGGAGACGCGUUCGUCGUGGUAUAUUCCAUCUGUGAUAAGGCUAGUUUCGAUGAAGCUGCCGAUUACUUACAACAGUUAACUAAACUUAAACUUCCCUCUUAUUAUACUAUACUCCUGCUUGGAAAUAAAAGCGAUUUAGAUCAUGCGAGAGAAAUUUCAGUAAAUGACGGGCAAGAACUCUCCUUCCGAUACUCAUGCCAAUUUUAUGAGGUUUCUGCUGCGGAAAAUUUUGCCGGAGUCUCAUUAGCAUUUCAAUCGCUCAUUCGAGAGGCACGUUCAACGCAAUUGUUUCGGGCUCUUCCGCUUCGACGUAAACUCGGCGUGAACAGUGUUUCAAAAGCUCUGGGGAAUAUUUUCGGCAAAAACAGCAAAGGCGAAAGAAAGAAAAGGCCAUCUUUAAGUAUAUGA